AUGACCAGCUUCACAACAGACUGUCCAUCUUGCGCAAAAAAAUUCAAAACUUUGUAUUCGCUUAAAAAACAUGUUCGCCAACGCCAUGAGGACAUUGAUGAAGAUUCUCUGAUACCAUGCUUUAAAGAUCAGGACGGCAAGGAAUUACAACCCGCACACGCCAGUUCUCUAAGAACCGACAAAGCCGGCUAUUUAACGUGGUUGGCCGGCAUAACUGAACGGGUCAACAGUACAUUUCAUCCUCGAUUACCAGGUAAAGAUUUCAUAAUUCCAGUUUACAUUGUUCCCUAUUCUGCCCGCCAUAAUAAAGCACACUUGGUUUAAUGUAACAAACCCAGCUUCCACCGUUUACACGACGUAUAAGUAGGGUUCUAAGUUGCAAAUAGGAAAUCACAGCUUAAGCCAAAGUCUUAGUGUUUGAUUUAACCGGUAUUAUUACUAUAUUAUUAUCUAUGUUUGGAUUGGCACCAUAGAAACACUACAUUCAUAUCUACAGAUACCUAUGAUACGUACAUUAAUACACUAAUUCACCUUUAGGCGUUUAGCCAUGGUAUAUUAAUAUACGCCCCCUUUGAACAUUUCAUUUUGUUAUUACUAACCACAAUUCUCCUACUGACUUUUAGGUCCGGAAAACCUAAAUUUAAGUGAAAGCUUUUGGCCAAAACGUAAGAAAAACGAGUAAUACUAAUUUAAUUUACGCACGGAAAUUACCUGUGUGCUGGAGGUUUUUAUCAUUUUUACUAAUAGACAUCUGAACAACAACACGAGAUUUCCUUAAAUCAUGGAAUCAGUUAUUUCUCCCAUACCUGAUAAUUUAGUUAGAACGGAUCUCUGAAGCUAGGGCACGUUAAUCCAUUUUUAAAAUCAUUCAGUGCUGUUGGAUACAAGAGUUCGUAAUUUUUUUUUCAAUAACAACAUCAAUUCCAACAAACAACAGGUCAUAAAUCACGAAAUCUUGUCGUGAGAAAAAAUUUCCAGUGAUAAAUCCCUAGUCACAUUUAACUACAAAGGCAUCUUCACAUAUAAAUUUAACUACACGCUUCACAGAAGCUGACAGACCAUAUAUUUUUAUUGUAGGGAGAUGGGUAAAAAUAGAUUCCCAUCAGGUGCCAAAACAGUACUUUGAAUGCUUUAUCACGAAACUUGGAGUCCAGGUUAACGCUGUCAGACGAGUGUGCCACAGAGGUCAACCAUGUUACCAGAGUGCCACUCUAAAAGUAUCGUACAAACUGUUCCGCUUGGAGCCACUAGUAAGUGCCUUGGAGGAGCAACCGCUUGUGAGCCUGCAGCGACAACUCCUUUUCGAGGGAAACGAAAUCUGCAGUAAUCAAGGGGAUCUUUCUGCAGAGGACGAAAUUGCUCGCGCAAAGGCAAGAGUCCAUACACCUGCAGGAAAGAAAAAAAGACCAUCUUCUAAGUCCUUAUUGCAAGUCGGGCUUGGUGAGGGACGUGCAACUAGAGAGGUAGAAAUUAUAUGGUGGCCAAAUGUAUAUACUGUGACAGAGCACGGCCAAAUGAUUAUCCGAAUGUAUAUACAGAAAUGUGAUUUUUAA